AAUACGGUACGGUAACUUACUUUUUAAACCCUGAUUGGAAUUGCAAAACCCCUUGCAUCAGAAACAGUUGAAUUGGAACUCCAGUCUCCGGCGCUUGCAGCGUAACAGGAGGAGGCUGAGAUGGCAGUGGACAAAGACAAGCUUCUUGAAGAAGCUUCAUUUAUUAGAUUCUGCAAAAUUGUACUUGGUUGGGACUAUUUUGCACUCCUCAGGGAGGCUGAUAAAGAGAAGCAGAAAGAGAGAAGAAAAAAGGGCAACGAAUCUGCUACUUCAGGUUUAAGAGAAGUGAAGAACACAUACAAAGACGUUGAUGACUACCUUGCAACUUUUGAGCCCCUUUUAUUUGAAGAAGUUAAGGCUCAGAUUAUUCAGAAAAAAGAUGAUGAAGAAGUGAAUGAAUGGGUAAUGAGAUUGGUAGUGGAAUACAACGAGGCAGAGGGGUUCCUGUUGCCUGCAGUUACAUAUGCAGAUGAUGAGGGUGAGAAAAUAUCACAAAAUGAUCUUUUGCUGCUUUCGAGAGAGCAGAUUAAAGAUGUUCAAAAACUCCCUGAGACUCAUGCAUUUGCUUUGGUGGAACACCGCCAGCAGAAUCUUCUCAGACUUAGAAUGUUCUUAGAUGGAGAGGUUCUGUAUUUAAAUGCAGACAACCUUGAACCUCGGCGAAGGCUUUUAAACAUGCGGCGUUUCAUGACUUCUCCUUUGAAGCCAGAGGAAAAGCCCUUGUUUUGUCUAAAGAUUUGCAGCUUAUCAACUAUUUCUCGUGAAUAUUUUGCUCUGCGAUCAAUUAGCUCUCUUCCUUUCAAGGAUUUAAUACUAAAGGCUACUGAUAAAAGUUCUGGUUCUGGAGACCAGGCCUGGAAAGUUUCUGGACCUCUGCGUGAAUAUUUCGGAGGAAACCUUAACAGGUCACAACUGGAGGCUGUAGAUGCUGGCUUAUCACGUAAAACCUUUGUCUUGAUACAGGGUCCCCCUGGGACAGGGAAGACACAAACCAUCCUUGCACUUCUUAGUGCAAUUUUGCACGCUGCUCCAGCAAGAGUACAAACAAAGGGUUCACUGCGUGAGUUCAAAUGUGGGCCCGAAAUGCCAAUUCAUGAGAAGUACAAUCAUUGGGCACAAGCAUCUCCAUGGUUGAGCUGUAGUAAUCCCAGAGAUAUAAUCAUGCCCAAAGAUGGUGAUGAUGGUUAUUUUCCUACUACUGGAAAUGACUUGAAACCUGAAGUUGUUGCUUCUAGUCGUAAAUAUCGUGUACGUGUAUUGGUAUGUGCUCCAUCAAACUCUGCACUUGAUGAGAUUGUGCUGCGGCUUCUUAGAACUGGUCUCCGCGAUGAAAACGUCCAUACAUAUAAUCCAAAAAUUGUGCGAAUUGGUCUCAAAGCUCAUCAUUCUGUCCAGUCAGUCUGCAUGGAUUACCUUGUGAAACAAAAACAAGAUGAGUCAGGUGCUGAUAGACAGAAGCAUGGAGCUGCAGGAGGCGAUACUGAUAGUAUUCGCAAUGCUAUUCUGGAAGAAGCUGUAAUUGUCUGCUCCACACUCAGUUUCAGUGGUUCAGCACUUUUUAGUAAACUGAAUCAUGGUUUCGACGUGGUUAUUAUAGAUGAAGCUGCCCAAGCUGUGGAACCAGCAAUUCUUGUUCCUUUGGCCAAUGGAUGCAAACAAGUUUUUCUGGUUGGUGAUCCAGUUCAACUCCCUGCCACUGUAAUUUCUCCUGUUGCUGGGAAGCUUGGUUAUGGCACAAGUUUGUUUGAGAGGCUUCAGAGAGCUGGUUAUCCAGUCAAUAUGCUGAAGAUGCAGUAUCGAAUGCAUCCUGAGAUUAGGAACUUCCCUUCAAGAGAAUUCUAUUCUGAGGCACUGCAGGAUGCAGAUGAUAUUUUGAGCAAGACAGAACGUGACUGGCACAAGUAUCGCUGCUUCAGCCCUUUUUGCUUCUUUGAUAUACAUGAAGGAAAAGAAUCGCAGCCCUCUGGAAGUGGGUCCUGGGUCAACACUGAUGAGGUUGAGUUUGUGCUCCUCUUGUAUCAUAAAUUGGUGACUAUGUAUCCAGAGCUUAGGUCAAGUUCACAGCUUGCGAUUAUAUCUCCCUAUAGAUACCAAGUCAAGCUUUUUCAAGACCGAUUCCGAGAUACUUUUGGGCAGGAAUCCCGAAAGUUUGUUGAUAUACAAACUGUUGAUGGUUUCCAGGGUCGAGAAAAGGACGUAGCAAUAUUCUCAUGUGUUAGGUCCAAUAAGGAGAGAAGUAUUGGGUUUGUCUCUGAUGCUCGAAGAAUGAACGUCGGUAUUACCCGAGCAAAAUCUACUGUCCUGGUAGUGGGGUCUGCAUCAACUCUGAGGAGUGACGAGCAUUGGAACAACCUGGUGGGAAGUGCUGAAAAGAGAGAUCUUUUAUUCAAGGUCUCCAAGCCUUACACUACGUUUUUCAGUGACUCAAAUCUUGAAUCUAUGAAGGUUACUGAUAACUUGCCAGGAGGGCCUGAUCAAGAUCUCGAUGAUGAUACUGUGAUGCCUGGUAAUGUAGAAGAUGCCGAUCAAGGGCAAGCAGAUAACCAUGAAGGCGAUGACAUGGAUGAAGGGUUCAACGGUGCUGAAGAUGACUAAGUUUGCUAGCAACUACUGAAUUAUUUCACCAUGUACAUUGUUAGUUUUAAGCCGAUCUGAAAGUAACGAUUAAAGCGAAGGAGAAAACGAGAUGCUGAGAAAGCUGGUGUGUGCAAGUUUUGCAGCGGGGAAAAGAAGCAGAUUAGAUGCUUGAAUAUAUUGCUUAUCUAGUUAUUACACGGGAUGGCUAGACAAAUCGUUGUUUGUUGUCUAUGCAAACUGUUGAGAAGCUUCUUGAGGUGGAACGAAGAGCUACCUCCUCAUGUGAUCCCACCACGUCAGGUUCCCGCAAGCUUCUCGGUUAAACGGGGAGAAAAAAAGGUAAAAGAUGCACUAUAUUGAUAGUCUUUUAUCAUUCCCUAAAAAGAAGGGCUUUGAUCAAUAUUACAUGUAAUUAUAUUUUUAAAGAAAGUUUACUUCAUGUUAAGGCAUAAUUUAUUAUUUAUUUUAUACAAUUGUUCCUAUUUAAACCCAAAAUUUUAUAAUUUUGGAAAUCGAUUUUAUUACUACUAAACUGAAGUUAUUGAUCGAGGCAAAAUUUCUUUUCAGUUUC